UAGUGACCGAGUUUCGCUAGGAAUACGGACAUUCUACCUCGCGACAGCCUCCGGGACACUCGUGCCACCUGAGACGACUGCUCCACUGCACUGUAAAUAAUCUCUCGAUUUGAAAAGAAAUGGCUACGUCGAUGAACAAGACCAUUCGGCCAAUGGCCGGAAUUAUCAACGGCUGGAGGGCUUCGUUAGUUCGUACAAAAGCGACGAAAGUAUCGGCGGCCACAGCUGAAGAUUUGUCCGCCUCUAUGGGAGCUGCAUCAGAGGCCAUUUUCAAACGAGAGGAUAAGUACGGUGCCCACAAUUAUCAUCCCUUGCCCGUAGCCCUCUGUCGAGGCGAAGGAGUGCGAGUUUGGGAUGUCGAAGGACGCGUCUACUACGACUUUUUAAGCGCUUAUUCAGCCGUCAAUCAGGGCCAUUGUCAUCCACGUAUCAUCAAAGCGUUGCAUCAACAAGCUGACGUACUGACGUUAACUUCGAGGGCUUUCUAUUCUGAUGUACUAGGAGAAUACGAGGAAUAUGUUACAAAACUUUUUGGAUACGACAAAGUCCUCCCCAUGAACACCGGAGUUGAGGGUGGCGAAACGGCUUGCAAAUUGGCUCGCAAGUGGGGCUAUACUGUCAAAAAGAUUCCGGACAACCAAGCAAAGAUUGUUUUCGUUGAAGGCAAUUUUUGGGGUCGAACGAUGGCCGCCAUUUCGAGCUCCACUGAUCCUUCUAGCUAUGCAGGAUUCGGCCCUUACAUGCCUGGCUACGUAAUCAUUCCUUACAACGAUGUGGCAACCCUGAAGACUGCUUUGGAAGACCCUACCGUUUGCGCGUUCAUGAUGGAGCCUAUUCAGGGCGAGGCUGGAGUAGUCGUUCCAGAUCCGGGUUAUCUCAGGAGCGUGAGAGAAUUGUGCACUAAAAACAACGUACUGUGGAUUGCUGAUGAAGUGCAAACAGGAUUGGGUCGGACCGGCAAACGUCUGGCUGUUGAUCACGAAAAUGUUAAGCCUGACAUUCUGGUUCUCGGUAAAGCUCUUUCCGGUGGUGUUCUUCCUGUGGCUGCUGCUCUCGCCAACGACGAAGUAAUGUUAACCAUCAAGCCAGGCGAACAUGGAUCAACAUUUGGUGGCAAUCCUCUGGCUUGUAAAGUGGCUAUGGCAGCAUUGCAAGUACUUGAGGAAGAAAAGUUGGCGGAUAAUGCGGAAAAACUUGGAAAGAUCCUGCGAGAUGAAAUGAGGGAACUUCCUAGCUCAGUCAUCAAAUUAGUGCGUGGAAAAGGAUUGUUAGAUGCUAUCGUUAUCCAGCCAGAAUUUGACGCGUGGGAGGUUUGUCUGAGGCUGCGUAACGAAGGACUGCUCGCCAAGCCAACCCACGGUGACAUUAUUCGUUUUGCUCCACCACUGGUCAUCAAUGAAAAGGAAAUGCUGGAAUGUGUAUCCAUCAUCCGCAAAGUUAUUCACUCCUAUGUCAAGUGAAAAAAGAAAGAAAGAAAAAAUGAUUAAGCUUUUCAUAAAUUCUUCCAUUCAAUAAUGUUUUUUUUUCUCUCUAAGGGCUUCCUUUCUGUUGUAAUCGUUUCCCUUUAUAAAGCCGGCAACGGACAAUCCCUCAAUUGAUUAUUUCCCUCUUUGAAUACUUUUUGUCUUUUGAUCGAUUGUCUCGGGUUGAAAAUGAUAAGAACGAAAUAUAUUUACAUCGUUGCCUGAAAAAGGAAUAAAGAUGCAACAAUUCCCAA